UAGAUUUCACCUUUUUCUUUUUAACUUUUCUUCCUUUCUUCUCUUUCGCGUUUUCCGCGUUUUGGCGCCCUCACCCUCCUUUUUCUUAAUCAUUCGUAACGAUGAAGCUGCAUAUUGUAUUCUUACUCUCAGCGCUGCAGCUGGCAGCUGCCGCCCAUAAUCCACCCAGUCGUUUUGGAUUGCACAGGCGCCAGGACCCUCCCUCAGUCUCUGAAGGAGGAGCGUCUUCUCCCUCCCCACCGCCCGCUGCUCCCCCAGGCCCGUCGCAUGAACAUACGAACCCUCCUCCCCCACCUGAAGUCACUCCUCAACCGCAACCUCCGGCACCAGAAGAACCUCAGGCUGCUCCUCCUGCUACUCCUCCGCCCGUUCUUCCCCCAGGAUCUUCCAUCUCCGAGAGCACUACAAGACCCACAGGACCUCCUCCGAUGGCUACUGGAACAGAAAUCCCUCCGUUGGAGAGCGUGACUAGCGGAAUGCCCACAAAACCUGCCCUUCUUCCCACUGCGGUUUGGCAGCCCGGCGAUAGACCCCCAGUCUCUGGUGCCCCUGCUCUCCCUACUCCAUUCGUCUAUCAAGAAGGUCAAUGGCCCGCUCAGGAUCGCGUUCCUCCAACAGAUUCACCUGAAGUUCAAACUUGGAUGAAGGAGCUUGAAGGCCAUGAUAUCCCCGACUUCUCGCCCACCGUCGAUGGCUCUUGUGGUGGCGACCCCGCUGCUGCUGCCCAAGCUGCUGAGCGUGGAUGGUGGACUUGCGGGGGACAUAUUCGCGACACUGAUAUCGUGAACUGCCCCGAGCGAAACACCUGGGGUGUCAGCUUCGACGAUGGUCCUUCUGGGUACACGCAAUACCUCUUGAACUACUUGGAUGAGGUCGACGUGCGCGCGACCUUCUUCGUCGUCGGCUCCCGUGUUAUUGAAAGACCUUCCGUCCUUGUUGAAGAAUACAUGAAGGGACACGAGAUCAGUGUGCAUACUUGGUCGCAUCGUCCUUUGACCUCCUUGACCACUGAAGAAGUCGUUGCUGAGCUUGGGUGGACUCGACGGGCUAUCAAGACCGUCCUCGGUGUCACGCCCACUACUAUGAGGCCUCCUUUCGGUGAUAUCGAUGACCGCGUGCGUGCGAUCUCUCUCGCUAUGGGCAUGGUCCCUAUCAUGUGGACUCGCACCCCUUCCGGAGGUGUCUUCGACACCAACGACUGGAUGGUUGCUGCUGGACAUGUUAACGGCACUGAGUCUUUCCAAACCUUCGAAGAGAUCUUGACUAAUGCUACCACCUCCAUGGAAACUGGUUUCAUUGUCCUUCAACACGAUCUCUAUGAGAUCUCCGUCGACCUUGCCAUGGGCUUCACCUUGCCGCUUGCUCUCUCCUAUUCCCCCAGCCUCUCGCUUCAGCCUAUCGGCCAGUGCAUCAACAAGCCUACCCGCGAUCUCUACCUCGAGUCCAAUACCAACAAAACUUUCCCCUACCCCCAUAAAUCCGGUGUCGACACUGACGGUGAUGGGGUCAUCGAUACCAAGUCUGGGGAUGGUGGCAAGACUACUGAAGAAAUCAAAGCCAAGCAGGAAGAAGAAUCCGGCGCCUCUCUCGAUGCCUCUAUCUUCUUACCCCUGAGCGCCUCCUUGAUCAUGGGUGCCCUCGCUCUUCUCUAA